AUGGCUCCUUCCCCAUCCGUCGAGCCAGCACCCCCACCACCACCAUCACCAGGCAUAAAGUCUUCCACCGUACCUCCAGAGAAAGAAUCGACACCCACAGAAAUCACACCUCAACCUAUAACCAACCGACCAGAAUCACGCACAACGACCACCAACAAAAAACAGGAACCAUGUGAACCGCCCUCUAGCUGCUCCUCCUCCCCUCGGCCGUACCACCACCACCCAACACCGCAGCCGAGUUUACUUGUCACCGCGCACAAGACCCACGACUACCGCCACGAGUUGUUGCCGGUCAGAAGAGAAUGGUUUAUGACCCAUCCCACCAAGCUGGCGAUCAUCACGGCUCUGGUCAUUGCCCUGCAAGUGGCAGUAUGGGGGUUUCUGUGGGGCGUUUUUGGUGUAGGACCAAGUGAGACCACCUCAGCGUUGUCACCACCCCCCAUAGCAAACCUUACCUACGCCGCCUUCUCCGGCCUCACCCUCCCAAACUCCGUCAACCAGUUCCUCGGCCUGCCCUACGCCCAGCCCCCAAUUGGACCCUUCCGCUGGCGGUCCCCCUCCCCUCCUCUUCCUUCCUCGUCAGGAUCAGGCCCAAUACCAGCCACCGAGUUCAAACCCAUCUGUCUUGGGGCGGGGGUGGCAUACCCGACUCCGGGGCAGUCGGAAGACUGUCUUUAUGCCAAUAUUUGGGCUCCGGCGAAUGCAACGAGUGAGAGCAGGUUGCCGGUGUGGGUUUUUGUUCAGGGAGGGGGGUAUAAUGCUUUGUCGAAUUACAACUGGAAUGGGAGUGAGGUUGUUGAGAGGAGCGGGUACGGGGUUGUGGUGGUGAAUUUUAAUUACAGAGUUGGGAUCUGGGGUUUUUUGGCUGGGGGGGGAGGGGAUGGAGAGAUGGAGUUGAAUGUUGGGUUGAGGGAUCAGAGGGGGUUGUUGGGGUGGGUGCAGAGGGAGAUAGUGCAGUUUGGAGGUGAUCCUGAGCAUGUUGUUAUGCACGGUGCGUCUGCGGGGGCUGGAUCGGUGGCUAUGCAUCUUAUUGCCAAUGGGGGAAGAGAUGACGGGUUGUUUCACGGGGCGAUACUCGAGUCGAUAUUCUUUCCCGCUCAGCCGUUUGUUGGGGAACUGGGGUGGCAGUUUGAGAGGGUGUUGAAUCAGACUGGUUGUAAAGGGGGGAACUCGACGGAGGGGGAGAUGGAUUGUUUGAGAAACACGGACGUGAAGGUGUUGCAGGAGGUGGCGAAUCAUGCUCAGCCUUUUCCUGGGAAGGCUGAUCCGCCGUUGCCCGUUUUCUACUGGACGCCUUGUGUAGAUGGGGAGUUGAUUCAGGAUUUUCCGUACAAGUUGUUUAAGCAAGGGAAGAAUGUGAAGGUGCCGAUUAUGAUGGGGACGGCAUCGAAUGAAGGGACAGUCUUCACCCCCAACAUCACCACCCCCCAGCAGUUCACCACCUUCUUCUCCAACAACUACCCUCUCCUCACUGCCACAGAUACCACCUCCGUUUUGUCGCGCUACACCCCUCCCAAUUUCAACACAACCCCCUAUUUCAACCCCCCUAACCGACCACCCUUCUACGGAGUCUUGGCAACCGCCUAUGGAGAAAGCACAUUCAUCUGCCCCCAGACAAACGUCCUGAAUUACCUCUCUGUUGACAACACUUCCUCCCUAUGGGCAUACCGGUACAACGUCCACGACGACGAAAACACCCGCGACGGGCUGGGGGUUCCCCACCUGUGGGAUGCGGGGGCGAUUUGGGGACCGGGAAGUCUCAAUUCUUGGGAUCGGACGGGGAGUUACAGGACGUAUAACAAGGAACUGAUCGAAAGGGUGAGGGGGUAUUAUUUUGGGUUUGUCAAGUAUUUUGAUCCGAAUAGGGGGAGGUUGGGAACCGAGCCAGAGUGGGAGGGGUGGGUUGGGGGGAAUGAGACCACAGGGAGGAGAUUGCUGUUUGAGACGGAGGGGACGAGGAUGGAGGUUUUAGAACAGGAAGAGAGGGAGAGGUGUGGGUUUUGGUUGGGUUUGGGGGAGGGGAGGAUGGAGCAGAGGUGA